AUGGGCUUCCACGCGAGCCGUGCCAUCGCCGCGCUCCUCCUGGCGGCUCUGGCCAUCGCCGCGACCCCGCGGGGCGCCUCGGCGGUGGUGCAGUGCGGCCAGGUCACCCAGCUGAUGGCCCCCUGCAUGCCGUACCUCGGCGGCGCGCCUGGGAUGACGCCCUACGGCAUCUGCUGCAACAGUCUCGGGGUGCUCAACCAGCUCGCCGCCACCACCGCCGACCGUGUCGCCACCUGCAACUGCGUGAAGGCGGCGGCCGCCACCGGGUUCCCCAGCGUCGACUUCGGACGCGCGGCCGCGCUCCCCGGCGCCUGCGGCCUCUCCAUCAACUUCGUCGUCACCCCCAACAUGGACUGUAACCAGGUUACUGAUGAACCAUGA